AUGACGUGUUCUAUAAAUUCUGCAACAUCGUGUACUCUGUUUGUGUUGCUGCUAUGCAUCGGUUUCGCGAACUCGUACAACUAUGCAAACAAUGGCGUCGGCGGAUUCGACGGUAACGGAAACAAGCAGCGUACCGUCACCUACAACUAUGACCGCAUGGGUGAGGUUAACAAAGAGUGCGCCUCUCUCUUACAAUCCGCCGAGGAACUCAAACCCGACGACAGCAGACUGUACACCAUCAAAGAGGAACUCUCCUUCUCGAACGGCGAUUGGUGGCAGCCGCUCUCAAACGGGUCGGGUCGAGCUUUUGCUCCAUUGAUGCCGUUCUACGACGGAGACCUUUCGGGUUACAAAAACGCCGUUAACUCAUUAAACCUGGUCUCGUUCUGGGUCACCAAUGUUGACCCGAAUCACCGUUAUUCCAAGAAAUCCAUACCCGUUAGCGGGUUCUUACAGAUCAGCACAGCCAUAUCAAACAUGCUCCUCCAGAAACCCGACGACGAAACCCCGAAAUUCGACAUGUGGCCCGGAAACUCGCAGCUGUCGAUUCGGUUCCAAGGAGUCUACACUGAAUUGGGGGGAGAGAGAGUAAUGUGUUUGUUGGGGAGUGCGGUGCUGCCUUCGCGUGGGCCCCACUCGAACGAUCCGUGGCCGUGGGUUAAGGAAAACGGCGAUAGUAUUCAUCCGGUUCUCGCGCCGGACGACCGGAUUCUAUUCGAGCUCCGUUACCCUAAGGCGUUGAGUUUGAGGACUAGAGAAAUAUACGGAAGCAUCAAGAGUUUGAACCGAGAAUCGGACCUCAAGUACUUCGACGAAGUUCUUGUUUCCUCCUCGUUGGGGUCCGCGAACUAUAAGUUCGCUUCCGAUGAUCUCGUGUCGAGGGCUUGCGAUUCGAUGAGUGAUGAAAUCGAAACUGUUGAUGAUGUGUACAAAGGGGUUGACUUUUGUGGGGUGCUCGAUAGAUUCUCCCGUCAAGAACAAUUCACAGAACAAUUCACCGUUUUACCGAACUUUAACUGCAAUGGGACGGACGAGUUUUGUAGUAAAUUGGGUCCGUUCGUAUCGAGCAAGGAGAUCGAUUUCACUAAUGGGGGAUUCAAAAACGUGAAGCUCGUUUUUCAUGAUGUACGGUGCGAAAACACUACUUCGUCGAAGACGAGGGUGUCCUCGGUUUUCCGAGCGGUACCCCCCUCGGAGCAGCUCUACUCCGCGACGCAACGUACGGGGCUCAACGGCAUGACCCUCUCCGCUGAGGGUGCAUGGUAUCCUAAGACGGGGCGCCUCUGCAUGGUCGCAUGCUCACCGUACGAUAACAUAUGUCACACUCGUAUAUCUAUGUAUGUUCCUCUCUUGUUUUCGAUAAAACAGAGGAGCGUGUUCUCGGGCACUCUAUCGAGCAUCGAUCCGACGGUCAGAUCGUACUCCCCUUUAGCGUUCGAGAAGCCCGUGGAGUCCACUGAGCAGUGGAGCUCCGGGGCCCACUACGAGUACUCGAAGAUCGAAGCCGCCACGUCAGUACUCGAGAAGUACGAGCCUUCUAAAAUCCAAUCCGCAGUGAAAAAGUCUUUCUUGAAAUUCCCGAAAUUAGAGAACACCGAAGAGAAUCUUCCAUACAGCGUUUCGGUUCUGUCCGAAGAUCUGACGCUUCUCAUGACAGCUGUACCGGACCAACUUCGGAGGUCUUGGAUAAAUAUCCAAUUGCAAAUCCAGAUACUGACAAUCGGCCCGUUUUUCGGGCGUUAUUCUAAUCAGAAGGGUUAUUCUAAUCAGAAGGGUAGUAUUUCUUUUAAUCCGACGCCGCUUCUUAAUGUGUCGGCUCAGAUAAAUCUCGUUGGAAUCGACGCAUACAACUACUCUUCGAUAUCCGUAGAGGGAAUCUACAAUCCACUUUUCGGGAAAAUGUAUCUUAUUGGUUGUGUGGCCCUCGCGGAAAAGGGGCUCGAUUGUAAGGUCGAAGUCGUAAUUUCCUACCCCCCGACCACUGACCGUUGGCUGGUGGACCCCACCGCCAAAGUUUCCGUGAUCAGUCAACGGGAAAAAGACGACCCUCUUUAUUUUAGUCCGAUUAAAAUCCAUACGGCCCCCGUUUUGUACAGGAAUCAAUGGGAGGAUAUUCUUUCGAGGCGGGGCGUGGAAGGGAUCCUCCGCAUUGCGACGCUGUCUUUGGCUAUCGGAUGUAUAUCGACCCAGCUUUUUUACGUGAGGGGUAAUAUCGUAAAUGUCCCGUACGUAUCGCUCGUGAUGCUUGGAGUACAAGCGAUUAGCUACGGCCUACCGCUGAUUACGGGGGCCGAAGACCUUUUCGGAAAAAAGGCAAAAACGGGAUUCGAAAAUUUGCAGAAAGGCCAACCGUUUCUUGUCAUCGACUAUAUGGUGAAAUUAUUAGUGCUGAUUGCGUUUUUGUCGACUAUGAGGCUUUGUCAGAAAGUAUGGAAAUCCCGUGUAAGAAUGCUGACUAGAUCCCCGUUAGAGCCGCACCGAGUCCCAAAUGACAAAAAAGUCCUUUUCGCUACUUCAAUUGUACACAUUCUUGGAUAUAUACUCGCUCUCAUCGUGCAUUAUAAAACCUCGAGGUACGACCCUCGUCAAAGUGAAUCUUUUGUAGAUUCUAACGAAUACUCUCGCCCCGUCAGCGCAUGGGAGGCUGAGCUGGCGGAGUACGUCGGUUUGAUGCAAGAUUUCUUCCUUCUUCCGCAAGUAAUCGGGAACUUGCUAUGGAUGGUCCAAGUUAAGCCCCUGAGGAAAAUGUACUACAUUGGACUAACAUUGGUUCGGAUUUUUCCGCACGCGUACGAUUUCGUAAAAUCGCCUUUCCCGAGUAAUCCUUAUAACUACUCCAACGACUACGAGUUUGCGGACCUUCGAACGGAUUUCUAUUCCAAAUUCGGCGACAUUGCUAUUCCGAUUGUUUCGAUUCUUUUAGCGUUAAUUGUUUAUGUUCAGCAGAGGUGGAAUUACGAGAAGCUUAGAGGGAAGCUCGUUGCGAGGCAGGCGAAGCUUCUGCCUUUGGGCUCGAGAGUUUACGAGAGACUGCCGUCGUCUCUCUCGUUCGAAGCUGAGCUGGCAUCUGGCGUAAACGGAGAUUCUACAUUACGGAGAGACAGUGAUUAA